GGUUGAUGCUACUAUUUGUGCUGUAGGUGGCCAUCCUGAUUCCAUUUAGAAACCGCCAUGAACAUCUCCCCAUCCUCUUCCAACACCUCAUCCCCAUGCUACAGAGACAGCGACUGCAGUUUGCCUUCUACGUCAUCGAACAGAGUGGGAGCCAGCCCUUCAACAGAGCCAUGCUGUUUAAUGUGGGAUUCCUGGAGGCUAUCAAGGACUUGGACUGGGACUGCUUGAUCUUCCAUGAUGUUGACCACAUCCCAGAGAAUGACCGAAACUACUACGGCUGUGGCCAGAUGCCACGCCACUUUGCUGCCAAGCUGGACAAAUACAUGUACAUUCUUCCAUACUGUGAGUUCUUUGGUGGUGUGAGUGGACUCACCGUAGAGCAGUUCCACAAGAUUAAUGGCUUUCCCAAUGCAUUCUGGGGCUGGGGAGGAGAGGAUGAUGACUUGUGGAACAGGUGUUAG